AUGAGCACAGAACAACUCGAAUUCAACGCUGAUCGCAUCGAUGCCAAGAUGGCCGAGCUCCUCUCAUCCUUCGAAGCCCACCCGCUGAUGCAACCCCCCAACACCCACCCCACCGUCUUCUUCCUCUUCGACUUCAUCCGCAACACGCACCGCGAACUCAAACAAAUCGACCUGGAAAAGUUCCGUGCCGGCGACGCCGACGCCCGCAACAAGGCCCAGGACGUCCUCGGCCGUAACAACUUCGCCCACGUCCUCGUCAACGACACCACGGGCAAGUUGGCGCUCAUGACGGGCGGCGAUCCAACCAACCCCGUGGAUUUCGGGGACGACAUCCGCACGAAGGCAAAGGAGCUGACGGAGGUUUAA